AUAAAACCGUCAUACGUCUAUAACAUAUGACAAAAAGGAGAUGUGGACUGUUGUGAACCAACACUUAAAAUUGGAAGAUACUAGAAUAGGUUCAAUGUGGAAGAAUGUUACUCGAUAUACAUAAGUAAGAAAUACAAAUGGCAGGCAAGCUGACAGAAUCAGAUUUCGACCAACUAGAGCAAUGGAUUGGGUCAGGUCCGAAGACGUUCACGCUUCUGUAUAGCAUUACCCGCGAUGGCUGUGACGCGACGACAUUCCAUCAGAAGUGUGACUCGCAGGGACCAACAGUCACCGUCCUGUACAAUCCACAGGGUUCCGUCUACGGGGGAUACGCCGGCGAAAGCUGGAACCAAAGUGGAUACGUUGAUGACAAAACCGCUUUUUUGUAUCAAUUAAAGUUUUCAGGAACUGUUAGAAAGACGAAGUUUCCCGUCGUAAGUUCAACUCAAGGCCUUUAUUGUUCCGCUACAUACGGCCCAACAUUCGGUGGCGGUCAUAACUUGUAUACAUUUAGCAAUACUGUCACAUUGUCAAACGGUGUUUUUCCAUUGAACGGAUGUGUGCGUUUUCAUGACAGUUUCUACCAGAUGGCGGGCGUAUCUUCGAAAGUUUCUUCGUGGCCUGAUAUCAACAAUGAUACCAUGAAUGUGUCGGAGUUGGAAGUCUAUAAAGUAGCAGAAACACAAAUGGCGGGCAAGCUGAACGAUUCAGAUAUGGACCAACUUGAGCAGUGGAUUGGGUCAGGUCCGAAGACGUUCACGCUUUUGUACAGCAUCACACGGGACGGCUGUGACGCGACGACAUUCCACCAGAAGUGUGACGCGCAGGGACCAACAGUCACCGUCCUGUACAAUCCACAGGGUUCCGUCUACGGGGGAUAUGCCGGCGAAAGCUGGAAGCAAAGUGGAAACUACACUGAUGACAAAGACGCUUUUUUGUAUCAAUUAAAGUUUUCAGGAACUGAUAGAAAGACGAAGUUUCCCGUCGUAAGUUCAGGUCAUGGCCUUUGUUGUAAAGUUGCAUACGGUCCAACAUUCGGUGGCGGUCAUAACUUGUAUACAUUUAGCAAUACUGUCACAUUGUCAAACGGUGUUUUUCCAUUGAACGGAUGUGUGCGUUUCGGUGACUCUUGCUACCAGAUGACGGGCGUAUCUUCGAAAGUUUCUUCGUGGCCUGAUAUCAACAAUGAUACCAUGAAUGUGUCGGAGUUGGAAGUCUAUAAAGUAGCAGACGGACAACGAAAAAUGGUGCUGCCCAAACCGUGGACACGAACACCUGAAUUGAAUGAAAAGUUCCUUCGCGAAGUAACCGAGGAAAUGGAGAACAUGUCACCGGUUAUUGAGACACUGAACGCUUACCGCAUCCUGCUGCUUGGUCCCGUGGGUUCCGGAAAGUCAAGCUUCUGCAACACCGUGACUUCCGUCUUCCGAGGCAGGAUUACGCAGAGGGCCAUCUGCGGCUCUGGAGAUCGCAGCACAACCACACUGUACCAGCCGUACAAUAUAAGGACAAAGAAAGGCGCUGACCUAAAGAUGUUGAUUUGUGACACUCGGGGUCUGGAAGACAACACAGGCAUAGGUCCGAUAGACGUUAACUUCCUGGUGGAUGGGCAUGUACCGGACAUGUAUGAGUUUAACCCUGAGAUCCCCAUUGACAUAUCAGACCCAGAGUUCCAACUGAAGCCAGACCUGUCCCAGAAAGUACACUGUGUUGCAUUUACGCUUGAUGCCGCCUCACUGGACGACAUUCCCAGCAACGUUAUGGCGAAGAUCCGCGACUUCAGGAAAAUUUGCACUAGAAAACAAAUACCACAAGCUAUUCUCCUCACGAAGAUUGAUACCGUCGAUAAAACCGUAGACGAAAGUGUGAAACAAGUGUACUAUAGCUCAAAAAUUUACGACGUUGUACAGAAAGCGUCCAAACUAAUUGGACUUCCGGAGAACCACGUGCUUCCGGUAAAGAACUAUAACCGCGAGAUGAUUCUCGACGAUGACGUCAACAUUCUGGCACUUCUCGCGCUCCGGCAGUUGGCAUACUUCGCUGAGGAUCACCUGGAAAACGUCCAGAUGAAACAGAGUAGAUCGGUCAGACGCUUGCAGACGGCAAACCCCAUUACAGGAAAUCGCACCGGCCCAGGUGAUUUGGAAUCAGCGUCAGAGACCAUUUAAAGCUAAACCGUAAAAAACUUGAAUAUUAUGAAAGAAACUUGAUGUAUAUAUAUAGUCAAUUAUGUAACAUCGAUAUAUAUUUCAUAAAACAAGUAUUUAUCAAGACGGUAACGUGUCACAUAUUUCUAAUCAACACGAGGCUGAUUAUUAUUCAACCAUCCAGUUGACCAAAAAAUGGAUUUUAUUUCGUCAAUAAAUAAUACACCAUGGUUGUAUAAUCCAAUGGAGUAUUUUUACCAACUCUGACAAAUAACCCCCGACAAUUGAUAAGGUGCAGAUAAGCUCCAAUUCGCGUCAUAUAAAUUCAUCUUUAUUAAUAUAUCAGAGCCAUUAUGAUCGCUGUAAAUAAGGAAGUAUUCACCUCUUGAUAUUGGUAGUUUAGUAAUCAUAUGUGUAAAACAAUGGACACUACAGGAAAAGCCUAGUAGCCUAAAGAUUUAACAAAGUCCUGUUUUAAGGCAAAAAGACAAUGGCAAGGCUAAACAAAUACUGAAAGAUCGAAACACAACGAUAUAAAACAUAAAAACAUUAAAGUAUUGUGUCCUACAGUCAACUGUCCGCACGAGGAUCAGUACGCCAGCGCGCACCAGUAGCUAAAAUCAACAAAUGCCAAGUAUUAUGGAUUUAAUCGAAAUCUUAACAAGGUGGAACGAUUUAAAAAAAUAUAUAUGACAGUAAUGUUUUAACAGCGAAGUAAGUUGUACACCCCCUCGUUAAAGUCAUACUGACAACGAUUAUACGAGUACCAUAAAAAAAGGAUAUCAACUCAUUAUAAUAUUAUUAAAUAUGAUGGACGCGUUUAGGUUUAGUUAAUCUGAUGACCAACUUGCAAACUUCCGUCUGAAAACCCGUGUUCUUUGCAAAUUGGGGUGGGUACAGUUUGUCGUGUUGUUGUUUCGAGUUUCUUGUUUGUGAAUGUUUGUUUUCUGUUCUGCAUAAUUGGCGUUGACCAUGUUUCAUUAAAUUGUAUGUGUGUGUUUGUG